CCCUUUUCUUUGUAUUAAAAGGUUCCUCUCAGAGCAGCUCAGAAGGGCCAAGCCAUUCCACGCCACAUUAUUUCAGGCGCCAGGCUUCUUGCGCGGAUGCUGCCCUUCCUCUUCCCUAAGCGUCAAGGUGAGUCGGCUGGGAGCUGCGUCCCACGCUGAAGCGCGUCCCCCUUCCCGGCUCCCACACGGCGGAGCUCUCGUUCCAGAUCCGAGGGCGACAGCAAUGAAUGGAGGCCUCGCUGCAGCGCCGCCCCUCAUCUCGGAGCGCCGCUCGCUUGGCGACACGCUCGGCCUUGCCUCGGGCGGCUCUCGCCCAGCCCCGCCAGCUCCAGUCAGCAGGAACCCGGAAGCAGGCGGUGCUGCAACCAAGCUGUUUCCUGCGCCAGAGUCGGAGACGGGGCUGAGCUGCGAUCUGGUAAAGCAGAGCAGUUGCGGAGCCAUGACUCACCAGACCGGCAUCCACGCCACUACAGAAUUAAAGGACUUUUUUGCAAAGGCUCGGAAUGGUUCAAUCCGUCUUAUCAAAAUCGUAAUUGAGGAUGAGCAGUUAGUGCUUGGCGCCUCCAAGGAACUAUCUCGGCACUGGGAUAAGGACUACGAUUCCUUUGUGCUUCCUCUGCUAGAUGAACUGCAGCCGUGCUACAUUCUUUAUCGCCUGGAUACCCAAAAUGCACAGGGCUAUGAGUGGCUUUUCAUCUCCUGGUCACCUGACAACUCUCCUGUUAGACUCAAGAUGCUCUACGCAGCAACCCGAGCGACGGUAAAGAAAGAGUUUGGAGGAGGACACAUUAAGGAUGAACUCUUUGGGACAGUAAAGGAGGACAUCUCGCUCAGUGGCUACCAAAAGCACGUGUCUUCUUCCUCUGCUCCAGCUCCUCUGACCGUAGCCGAACAAGAGCUUCAGCAGAUCCGCAUCAAUGAGGUCAAAACUGAAAUCAGCGUAGAAAGCAAACACCAGACUCUCCAAGGCCUGGCCUUCCCUUUGCAGCCAGAUGCACAACAAGCCAUUCAACUACUAAAGCAGAAGAAAAUCAAUUACAUCCAGCUGAAGCUAAAUCUGGAGCAGGAGACCAUAGAACUGGUCCACACAAAGGCAACAGAAAUUGCUGAUCUGCCUAGAAGAAUUCCUCAGGAUUCUGCCCGCUACCACUUCUUUCUGUAUAAACACUCUCAUGAGGGAGAUUAUCUGGAGUCAGUAGUGUUUAUCUACUCCAUGCCUGGUUACAAAUGUAGCAUCAAAGAGCGUAUGCUGUAUUCUAGCUGCAAGAGCCGAUUGCUUGACUCCAUAGAGCAAGAUUUCUGCCUGGAAAUUGCAAAGAAGAUUGAAAUCGAUGAUGGAGCUGAGCUGACCGCUGAGUUCCUGUAUGAUGAGGUCCACCCCAAGCAGCAUGCCUUCAAGCAGGCUUUUGCCAAGCCAAAGGGUCCUGUGGGCAAAAGGGGACAGAAGCGACUUAUCAAAGGACCAGGCGAGAACGGAGAAGACAGUUAAACCCAAAGUAUGGCUCAGCCUCCAGCAUUGCAGCUCCAAGGAAAUCCACUUCUCUGCAUUUGAGCCUGUCCACUGAACUCUAGAGCCUUUUCCCUGCUUCUUUUCUCAAAGUCAUGUCCAUCGGUUUCAUUAACAGGGUGGGAGGUUUGGAAUCGGGGGACAGAGUGGAAGAGGAAGAAGACGGCAUGUUCCUUUUUUUCUUUCCUUUUGCUCUAUGGUGAUAUAAAUCUAGGGAGAAGGGGUACCCUAGAGCUUUUUGUUCUUUGUUUUUUUAAAUAUUUCUUACAAUAGAUGCUCCUGUUAUUGCUUCAUCUUGUGGCCUGUUUUACUUGGAAUCUGCACCACUCAAAGAGUUUUGUUUGCCUCUCAUCUGAGAGAGUUAUAAACUUUUAUCUUGGGUGCUGUGACCCCAUCAAAGAGAGGCACCAUUUGUAUGACAACAAUAACUUAGUGGCACUCCAUCCUGUCAACACCAUUCCCUUACCAAGGGAGUCUGUUUCCUUAGUAUUUGAUGCAGUGGUCAGUUGCCUAUUGGUUAAGUCAAAGAGCAGUAUAUUCCACGGAUUGUUUUUGAGGUAGGGUGGAGUUGAGGGGAUGAGGAUAGUGCUAAAAAAAAAAAUGGAUUUCCUCCAAAAUAGAGGUGUGUUGUUUGGAUUUUAAGAAACUGAUUGUUUCCCAAGCUACUGAAGAAGUAAAACUCUCAUUUUGUUCAAGAGUCCUGAUAAUCCCCUUCUAGGCCUUAAUGUUUGUGGGGGGAAAUAUCCAUCACAAAUCCAGUGAUGGAUUGGAUUUCUCUUAAAAGAUGUUCUGCUUCCUUUCUGAUUUGCAGAGAGCUAUUUACACUGCCUUUCUUUCUUCCCUGCCUUAUGUCUUGAUGGCUUGUUGUGUGAUGUUACAGUCUAGGAUAGACACAUGGACGGUUAGGAACUGGGAACAUAAUUGUUAUCCUGCCCUUAUUGGCAUCAUUUCCACUUAACUGCAUCAAGAUGGCAAGAAUCAACUCACUGGUAGCUCUCAUAUGCUUUCCCAGGUCACGCUUUCCACAUGUGCUAGCUUGCAUCCUAACACAGCAUUGAUUUAACUGAGAUCAUCUUCUGACUUAACUGAGAAAGUAGAUUCCUUCCUGAUCUGUGUUUUUGCCCAUCCACGCUGGGCAUCUAAGGUAAAGUCACUUAGUUCUUGGUCAUCUCAUAUUUACUCGAUUGUUUGUCCUCAUCCUAGAUCAUGACACCCAACCAAUGCAUCCCCUCGUCAUAGAUCUUUAGUUAUGUGAUAGAGCUUUGCCAGGCCAAAGGAACAUUAGCACUUUCAUUGGUCGCUGAAUGCUGAUGGGCUCUGUUUUUCACAGAAUGUACUUUGCCCAGAGGACUGUUCAUGCCAUGUGUUAGAUACUGUCUGCCAAGACUAAUUGUCCAUGAAAACCAGGUGGAAGGAAAGGAUAGCCCAUGGCAUGAAAUUGUUACCCAUGUACAUGAUGGACGGGCUUUUUAGCUGCCAAGGAAUCUGGGAAGAGUCUUGAUGAUCAGUUUUGAAAGUCUAAAGGAGAAGCAGACAGUGACCUACUCACAAAAAUCUCAAGCCACAAUUGUAACCUUGGAAUCGGGAGCUUCUGAAAAAUCAUUAGAGCAGGUGAAUUUGCUAUACAUAAUGAAAACUCUUAUGUCCCCAAGGAGCAAUUUAUUGGUCUGCUUUUAUAUCAUUCAAGCAAACAAUUCCGUCUGAAAUUAAAAGCCUUUUUUUUUUUUACAGAGCCAAUUGUAUGGUAUUAGUAUGGUGGCCUUGAGUGGAGUAGUAUUUGUGUAAGAGCAAGCCUGGAUGUGCUCUAGCUCACUCUUUCCCCCCCGUGGGACUGAUCUGCAGUUUAAGAAAAAAACGGUAGACUUUGCCAAAUUCCAAGUAUUCUGUAUGAAAACAGAAACAAUCACAGAUUCUUAAAAAAACUAUUCUCCAAAUAGGGCAAAAUUUAGACAUUCAGAUCCAAUCCCCUACUCAUUACAGGAAUCCAGAUGAGAAUGUCUGUGAUGGAAGUGAUGGUAUGCGCCAUCAUUUUAUGGAUGGGGAAAAGUCUAAAUGUUAAUUUUUCUUGAUUUUUUUUUAACUCUUCAUCUUUUGCAUCUUAGGUUUACUGAGAGUCUUUGGAACAGAUGUCUUUAUAAUUGAGGUCUCUCUAGUGUUUAGAAAUAAACAGAUCUUGCAUCCAGCAUGUAAUUCUAAGAUGAUAAUUAAAUUCAAAGUUUGUCCUAAAACUUGUUCAGACAGCAAAAUUCUGCUUUAAAUAGGCAUAAUGCAGGGAUCAGCAACUGAAAUACAAAGUUUCAACAUAACACUGGUCAGUGUGCAACAUUUCAAUUUUUAUUUUUUUUAAAUGUUCUUUGGACAUUU